UUCUGCUGGCUGGAAAAGGGAUGGGUCGGGCAAUCGGAAUCGAUUUGGGGACCACGUACUCGUGCGUCGGAGUGUUUUGCCCAUUCCGUGAACGCGUCGAGAUAAUUGUCAAUGAUCAGGGUAACACCAUAAUACCGUCCUAUGUCGCCUUCAACGACACCGAGCGCCUCAUCGGCGAUGCCGCCAAGUAUCAAGUCCUCGGCAACCCUAUCAACACCAUCUUCGAUGCUAAACGAUUGAUUGGUAGGAAGUUCAGUGAUGCAUCAGUUCAGGGUGAUAUGGAGCACUGGCCAUUCAAGGUCAUUGCUGGUCCCAGUGAUAAGCCAAUGAUUGUGGUAAACUACAAGGGCAAGGAGAAACAGUUCGUUGCUGAAGAGAUCUCAUCCAUGGUUCUCACUAAGAUGCGUGAUAUGGUUAAGAAUGCAGUUGUCACUGUCCCUGAUUAUUUCAAUGACUCUCAGCGUCAGGCUACUAAGGAUGCUGGAGUCAUUGCUGGCCUCAAUGUCAUUCGUAUCAUCAAUGAGCCCACUGCUGCUGCAAUUGCUUACGGUUUUGACAGGAGAGCUGCAAGUGUGGGCGAGAAGAAUGUGCUUAUCUUUGACCUUGGCGGUGGCACUUUUGAUGUUUCUCUUGUCACCAUUAAGGCGACUGGUGUCAUUGAAGUGAAGGCGACUUCUGGUGACACUCACCUUGGAGGAGCAGACUUUGAUAACCGCAUGGUGAACCAUUUUGUUCAGGAAUUCAAGAGAAAACACAACAAAGACAUCAGUGGAUGCCCUAGAGCUAUUACGAGGUUGAGAGCUGCUUGUGAGAGGGCAAAGAGGACUCUUUCAUCAGCUAUCUGGACAACCAUUGAGAUUGAUUCAUUGUAUGAGGGAACUGAUUUCUACCCAAGCAUUACUCGUGCCAAAUUUGAGGACCUAAACAUGGAUUUCUUUAGGGACUGUGUGGAGAGUGUUGAAAAGUGUUUGAGGGAUGCCAAGAUGGACAAGAGCAGUGUCCACGACGUAGUCCUUGUCGGUGGCUCUACUAGAAUUCCAAAGGUUCAGCAUCUAUUGCAGGACUUCUUCAACGGGAAGGAGCUGUGUAAGAGCAUGCACCCAGAUGAGGCCGUUGCUUAUGGUGCCGCUGUGCAAGCUGCAAUCUUGAGUGGUGAGUACCAGGAGCUGUCGCUGUUGGAUGUAACCCCCCUAUCCCUUGGCAUGCAAAUUGUUGGAGGUGUCAUGGCUCUUGUGGUUCCAAGAAACACUACAAUUCCUACCAAGAAGGAGAAGGUGUUCACUACCUCCGCGGAUAACCACUCUAGUAUAUUGUUUGAAGUGUACGAGGGUGAGAGAACAAGAACAAGCGACAACAACUUGUUGGGCAAAUUUGUGCUCUCUGGCAUUCCUCCUGCCCCUAGAAAAGUUCCAGUUAUCAACGUCUGCUUUGACAUUGAUGCCAAUGGUAUCUUGAAUGUCUCGGCUGAGGACAAGAGCACUGGUCAAAAGAACAAGAUCACUAUCACUAAUGAAGAGAACAGGUUGUCCAAGAAAGAGAUUCAGAAGAUGCUUCAGGAAGCUGAGAAGUACAAGUCUGAAGAUGAGGACUACAAGAAAAGGGCUGAGGUCAAGAAUAGUUUGGAGAAUUGCGCGUAUAAGAUGAGGAAAGCUGGUAAUCUCUCACAGGCAGACGUGGUGAAGAUCGAGGAUUCUAUUGAUGAGGCCAUACAGUGGAUGGACAGGAAGGAACUUGAGAGCAUCUGCAACCUCACAAUUUCCAUGGCUGAAGAUGGACCCUCAGCCGGUGGAAGUGGCGCAGGCCCCAACAAUAUUUGUUCUUUUCAUAAAAGAAAAGAAGAAAAAAUGACAGUAUGAGCCAAAUGAAGAGGAAAUGAAAUAGAUGAAAGACUAACCUAACCUGCAGAGGUAAUGCUUGUGGAACUCACCACUAUAGUCAACAUUAUCUAGUGGGUGAACGCGUUCUUGGUUGAACCGGCACAAGCUUUAAAUCAACUAUAUAUGUGGAAAUGAUAAGAGAAAUUAAGUAUUUAUUAAACUAUCAAAAUUUAGCGUGCAUUAUGUUGGUAGGAGGAUGUAGUGGCUUGCCUGAUUCUGUGACUUGAACUCUAGUGACAGUGCAUUGGUGGCAUUGAGAAGCUGCAAGGAGUAUUAGUGUUAGGAGAAGAAGCUCCAAAACUUGUGUUCUCUUCAUUUUAGGCACGAGCUUGUGCCGGGUGGUAAAUAAAUACACAACUUAAGCUAUGAAGAAUUGUCCAAAGCAUGAAAAAACCAUUUAUAACUCUGAUUAUGUUUAGUGAAUCAUGGCUUGGUUUGAAAAUUUGGAUGUCGUGUUAAGGGUGUUGGGGCCAUCCAAGGCCCUACAUAUUUCGAAUUUCGAAAAAUGACAAGGCCAUAAAGUGUUGGUUUCUUGUCAUUGUGGGUUGACUUCUAUUUAGGUGAUCGAAUUUUGCUAGUGUAUCACAAGGCCAUCCACUCUUGCACGCAUUGUACUUCAAAAGCUGAAUUAAUCCCUUUUAUAAACAGCUGUGUCGGGCUAAUUCGUCAAGAUUUGGCAAUAAUGAAUUAAAUCUAGUUUAGUAGGUACUAGCAUCCCACUGCAUAUAUAUUGAAUUUGACAGAAAUCUGAUUGUGCAGUGUAAAGC